GCAGAGGACCGACCUAGAAGAUCCACAGUCCUGAUUCAAUAUAAUGUCUUUGGAAGAGGUGACGGAUCUCAAACUGAAUUUGCUAGAGGCAAUUACAAACCAAUUUUCCGAGAAGCUCAGAAUCGGAAGUGGUGGCUAUGGAGAAGUUUACAGGGGAUUGCUCAAUGGGUGUGAAAUUGCUGUGAAGAAGCUUUAUCUCAACAAUGCAUCACUCGAUGAUAAGAGUUUUACAAAUGAAUUUCGUCAACUUAUGAAGGUCCAGCAUGAAAACAUUAUACGGCUGAUUGGCUACUGCUAUGAGAUAAAACAUAAGCAUACUGAUUACGGGGGGCAACUUGUCUUCUCUCAAGUUAUAGACCGAGCUCUCUGUUUUGAAUACAUGCCGGAAGGAAGUCUUGCCAAGCAUAUUUCUGAUGAUUCUUGUAUACAUGAUUGGGCCACAACAUACAACAUAAUCAAAGGGACCUGUGAAGGCCUUCAUUAUCUUCAUAGAGGAAGAGGAGAGGGUGGGCAUAUUUACCAUCUAGACUUAAAACCGGAAAACAUAUUGUUGGACAAGGAUAUGGUUCCCAAAAUCACAGAUUUUGGUUUGUCGAGACUCUUUGGUGAAUCAAAGACCCACAAAACAAACACCCGUAUGGAAGGAACAUUAGGAUUCAUGGCACCAGAAUACAUAAAUGAGUGUGCGAUAUCACCAAAGAAUGACGUGUUCAGUCUAGGCGUUAUAAUUUUCUACCUAGUGGCUGGACGAAAGGGCUACGGCGAAUAUUGUGACUCACGGUCCUCUCCCCGGCAAGAAUUCAUUGAUAGAGUACAAGAGUACUGGAAGCAAAGGAUGCGUGCAACGGCACACACCGGAUCGGACGAAACAAACCUA